AUGGCCCCGUUACCGGCGGCUCUCCGGUUGGCGGUGAUGUGGAUCCUGAUCUGGAGGAGUGUGGCAGUCCGCGGUGAGGUGCUGCAGUGCCGCCUGUCGCCAGCGGGGGCACUGCACCCCGUCCGCGGUCAGCUGGAGACCUUCCAGGCCGGGCCAGGGUGCGCCGCCCAGGAAAGGGGGGGCCAGGAGACGCACCUGGUCGCGGUGGGCCGGCCCACCCACGGCCGCACGCAUAAUAGUUUCAAAUUCAACUCACCUGCGUCACAUGACCAUAGAUUCAACCUUCUAUUUGCUGUCCAGCCGGCCCUACCUUCUCUCCGUCUACCUGUUCAGGUGACCGUGGUCCUGAGGCCUCUGACUCGGCCCCCGGCUCCUGAUAGGAGGAUCAUCCUGCUACUCAUCUCGGAGCAGGCCCUCGAUUGGAUGCUGGAGGCCGAGGGGCUGGCCACACAGCUCUCUGUGCUGGUACAGGUGUCCCCUAACUCCACGGUGGUGUCCUCGCCCGCCAUGGCGUUCCGGCUGCAGAGGCUCCGCCCCCCACCCCCCUUCCCCCCCCGCGCCCUGCUGCGCUGGGCUCAGCAGCACGCGGGCGGCCUGACCUCCAUGACUCACGCCGCCCACGCCGACCGUGUCUACACCCGGCUGGGGGAGGCUUCUGGUCCCACCAACAGCAGGAUAACGUGCAACAACCUUCUUAAAGACAAAAGUCCUACCACUUGGUGCCCUCCAGAUCCCUCGGCCAAUCAGGCGUGCUCCCUGCAGCCCCUCUUCCUGUCACCCCACUACCUGACCUCUGACCUCCAGCAGCAGGAGGUGCGAGGCUGCCUUCCCCCCACGGGGAACCGGAGCGGGGAAGAGGAGGUGCACCUGAUCAGACUGGUCUCAGCCGGAUCAGCCCUCUGUGGGUCUCUGCAGGUGGAGGUGGUGGUCUCUCUGCUGCCGCCGGUGGCCCGGUCCGGUGCUCACCGGGUGGUCCUGGUCGUGAGCAGCCUGGUCCCGGUGCACUGGGGGGUGCUGGCUCCCGGUCUCCAUGGCGACGUCUCUGUUUACUCCUCCACCGGUGUCUCUCCACCCUACCCGCCCCAGCCUUACCUCUCCUUCUCCAGCGUGGUGACCCCUGACGUCUCUGCUGUGCCUGACAUGCUGGAGUGGGCGAAUCAGAGGGGCUUUACCGUGGUGACAUCAUACACCGAGGCCCCCCUGGCCAAUCGGUUUGUGGUCCACCUGGCCGGGGGUGGGACAGGUGAGGAGAGAGAGGUUCUUCAUCUUCAUGAUCAGGCGGAGCCUGCAGGGGGCGGGGCCGGGGGUCGGGCCGGCUGGCCAGCUCAGGGCCUUCUGAGAGAUUGGCUGCUAGGCAACGCUGGGGGAGGAGACAGGAGGGCGGAGCUACUUAGCGUUCGCUGUGAUGACGGACGGCUCAAUGUCUUGCUGGACAUACACAUCCUACAGGAUCUGAACCGGUUUGCUCAGGGUCUGUUGGAGCCGGUGGUUGCCGUGACGCUGCGGGACCCAGAGUGCAGGGCGCGGUCCAACAGCAGCCACUUCCUGUUGGCGUACCCGGUCAUUUCCUGUGGGACGGAGGGUGCGCUGCAGGGCCAUCCCAGGGGGGUGCAGUUCAAGAACACGGUGUUCAUCUGGAGAGAGCAGCCACGCCCCCUCCCUACAAACGGCCCCCAAACCACCGGGCCCCUGCGCAUUCAGAUCAGCUGUUUCUGUGCGUCUCCUCCGGAUGACGAUGAGGUCACCACCUCUCUGGGUGGGGUACCCCCGGACCCGGGCUUUGGGGGGGGGGACCUCCUCUUGGCCCCCACACUCCAGGCGGAGCCGGUCGGGGAUGGGCCAGUCGGUGCUGGGCCUGUCAGGGCUGGGCCGGUCGGGGCGGGGCCUGUCAGGGCGGGGCAUGUCGGGGCGGGGCAUGUCAGGGCUGGGCCGGUUGGGGCGGGGCAUGUCGGGGCGGGGCCUGUGAGGGCGGGGCCAGUCCUUGCCCUCAGACUCUUCGUCUCUGAGAGCUUCCAGAGGAGCCGGACCGGCCCCUGUGUGGUCAUCGCAGACCACCGCGUCUACGUGGAGAUCUCCUCCGCGGGACGCUUGGCCGGCAGCCUGGAGCUCCGGUCCUGUGUGGUGUCCCCCGAGUCGGACCCCAAGAGUGCCCCCUACUGGCCCCUCAUCAGGGACCGCUGCCCCGCCCAGCCCUCCCUCAGCCUCACCCAGCUCUGGAGAGGGGGAGGGCAGGGAGGAGGAGGAGGAGGUGAUGAGGGUCCAGGAGGAGAAACGCCCACCCACGACGCGUCCGUAGAGACGAAUGAACAUGGAGGAGUGAAGCAGAGGAGGAAGACUCGGGUCCGGCAGGAGGUCGAGGAGGAGAAGGAAGAGGAGGAGGAGGACGAGACGCAGUCCUUGAGGUUCAGCUUCGUCCUGCCGCCCGUCUACAACGCCUCCGUGCAGUUCCUCCACUGCCGACUCCUCCUCUGCUCCUCCGGCUCCUCCAGUGAGGAGAACCCGCCGAGGACGCCCUGCCCGGAGGGGCAGCCCAUCCCCCGCCUGACCUCUGCUCCUCCAGGCCAGCAGUGUGAGGAGAGGAACCUGAGCCGGCCCAUGGUGGUGACCCAGCCCCUCAUGGUGACCCCGUCCCUCAGCCCGGGGGCGGGCCGGCCUCUGGCGCCCUCUGCUGGCCCGCGGCCCCGCAGACCCAGCGCGCUCGGCCCGGACCCGCGCGGCUCCGUGAUGGAGUUGAUGCCAUUCAUCGGCAUCAUGUUCACGGCCUUCCUGAUGGGUGUGGCCCUGAUGGGGGCGCUGUGCUGCAUCUACACCCACAGGGAUAUUAUGGGAAUGUGUGGUUUGAUACAAGGAACCAAGAUGCCAGUGGAGAGGAGAUUCUGUCUGUCCACCACAGCGCCACAGCAGAACGGGAACCAUGGCAACCUGAGUCCUCCUGAACCAAUGGACCAAUCAGAAAGCUCGGUGUAG